CCUCAUGGGUCACGGCCGCCUCUCCAAAGAGCAGACGCUGCGCGCCAUGGCCAGCCCCGCCGUCGCCCCCGAGUCCACCUCCGGGGACUGCCCCUCCUCGCCCCGCCCCACCAUCACCCUCGCCCAGCCCAAGAAGAAGAAGCCCAACGCCAAGCUGUCCUUCCGCGCCGUCCGCUCCCUCUUCCGCUCCUUCCCCAUCCUCACCCCCGCGGCCUGCCGCCUCCCGGGCGCCGCCGGCGGCGGAGGCCUCUCCCGCGGCAGCCGAACCUCCGCCGACGGCCACAUCAGCGGCGCCGCCCGCACCACCGGCACCCUCUUCGGCCACCGCAAGUCGCGGAUCAGCCUGGCCAUCCAGGAGAGCCCCCGCAGCAUCCCCAUCCUGCUGCUGGAGCUGGCGGUGCCCACCGGGAAGUUCAUGCAGGAGAUGGGGGCCGACCACCUGCGCAUCGCGCUGGAGUGCGAGAAGAAGGCGGCGGCGGCGGCGGAGGAGGAGAAGAAGAGGAAGCAACUGCUGGAGGAGCCGGUGUGGACGGCGUUCGUGAACGGGAGGAAGAUCGGGUACGCGGUGAGGAGGGAGGCGUCGGAGAGGGACCUGGAGGUCAUGCGGAUGCUGUACACCGUGUCGAUGGGUGCCGGCGUGCUGCCGGACGACAUGACCGAUCCGGUGGAGGGGGAGAUGACGUACAUGCGGGCCCACUUCGACAGGGUGGUAGGCAACAAGGACUCCGAGACGUUCUACAUGCUCAAUCCCGACGGCAACCAUGGCCCCGAGCUCAGCUUCUUCCUAGUUAGGAUCUAGUUACAACUGCUGCAACGUGUACGUGCAUUCUCUCUAUGUGUGUACGGGUAUUGUGUACGGGUAUUGUGUACGUGUACAAAGCAGAUUUCUGUGUAUUGUGUUGUAAUUUGUCUUAUAUCAUAA